AUGCGUAUUCUCUGUGGAAUUGUAGCGGCGUUGAUGAUUCUUAUCUUGUCGAAUCAAGCGCUCGCUGCGGACAAGAAAGACUCAAAAAAGUUGCAGAUCGGCGUAAAGAAAAGGGUAGCAGACUGCAAAACGAGAUCCAAGAGCGGUGAUACACUCCACAUGCACUACACUGUGAGUUAGAAUAUUUGCUGUAUCGAAUAAUCUUUUUAUAUUGUGACCAAAUGAUUCUACGUUUGUACUUGUUGUUGAACUGCAUUUUGAGAUCUUGUGAUUUAUUUCUUGGCACGCACGUGUGACGUGUUAUUUCCCCAUUCAUAAUAGAAGACGGUGACAAACAUCUGAUCUCUCACAACACUAACAAUAGAUCAUCAAAAGUGUGGGUUACGAGAAUAAAGAGAUUUAUCAAGCAAAGUUAAUUUUCUUGAUAUAUAUUCAAACAAACUGUUGCUUAAAAAGGUUAUAUGUAUAUAUUCAUCAGGAGUCACAGUGAUCUACAAAAUGAAUUAAUCAUAUGGCAGCGUAAGGGAAAUUUGCAUUUUCAUGUUGGUUUGAUUCUUGGCUGGGUUAAAAGGCCCAGUCAGAUAAAAUAUAUGCCAGGCAUAAAUUGACUUCACUUAUUUAACAGCAGUAUGUUUCACUUAAUUUUCAACAGUGUCACACUUAAUAUUGUGAACUUUUACUCCUUUUUUUUGUUAAAUAGACUUCUGUCAAACAUGCAUAACAGACAGGGUCUUGUUUCUGCUUGCAUGGUUCAUUUACAGGGUAUUUAAAGAUAUUCAUCAAAGAGGGGGGAGAUAAUUUGAUGCAAUGUUUCCUCCUCAACUGCUUGUGGGAAAAUGGUUUGCUCUGGUAACAUGACUUGUAAACCUAUCAUAAUGAAGGAAUUUUAAUGGCCUGUGGGUAAUUUUAAAUUGAACUCAAUCAGCUGAUACAGAAUUUUUAAAAUUUUUUCCAUUCAUAACCCAAAAUUAGUUAAUUUGAAUUAGCUGCAAGAGAAAGGUGACAACUUGAAAAGGUUUCCUUCAAACUUGAGUUGUAUUGAUUUGUUCUGUAUGUUUUCAUUUAUUUGAUUUUUAGGGUACUCUGAAAGAUGGGACACAAUUUGACAGCAGUAUCCCGCGAGGAGAACCAUUCGUGUUUACAUUAGGAGUGGGACAAGUUAUCAAAGGUGGAUACUUGUGAUAUAGCAUUCAUGACUAUGUGCAAAACAGGCUGAUAUUAGUAGUUUGCCAUGGUAUUAUGCAUUCAAGCAAGUGAUUGCACUUUCUACUGGUUUAGCAAUGAAUUGGCCCAUGUGGGAAGUGGGAAGAAGGCAAGAAACAUUUGGACAUCACAAGCUAAUGGGGAUCUAUUGCUUUAAUUUAUAAACAAGCAUUGGGUUUGUUGGUUUGAUAAACUUUAGGUUUCUGAACGAUUAGAAUUAACUUAGUACCUCAGUUAUCUUAUGGUUUCUUUACAAUAUUGAAUAUUUUCUGUAUAACUGUGUCUUAUUAGUUGUUUUGGUGGGUAAAUCAUUUAGUUUUUACUAGAUGUGCCAUAUUCUGACAAGAGAGCUGGGCAAGCCAAAAUACAAACAAUGAGUAAAAAUAUUCAGUGAUGCUGCACACCAAACAUCUCAUAUGUUACUUGUUACCCAACUGUUUUAUUUUAUUCAUUUGUUAAAAGGCAGGGAAAACAAAGCAAAUAGAGGAGUGGUUUGGGACAGGUCUUGCAAUGUUCUUGUUGGAUUACUUUACAAAAUAACCAACUGUCCAAACAGCUGUGCAAGGAUAAUUUGUACUCAAUUUGUGCAUUAUUUGUACUCUCUGAGAGCAGUUGGAUACUAAUGUAAGAUAUUUGGUGUAUAUUAGAGGUGUUUUUACUAUUUAAUAAAUCAUGAUUUAAUUUUUAUUACAGGAUGGGAUCAAGGACUAUUAAAGUAAGUUACAACUAUAGACCACUAAUCAUUUGUUUCUAAGUCUUAUUUAUACACAAUAAAUUCCUCUCUCCACAUUACUUACAUUUUCAAACUACUUCCUCAAACUUUUUCAGAACUGUACAGAACUUUAAAAAAAAAGUAAACUGUGAAAAGCAAGCUUUUGAACUUUGUUGUUCCGUAUUUUUUAAUUUUGUUAAAGCUGGGGUGAAUUUUGUAGUAAAAGUGCCAGUGAAUAUGAGUCAUGGAUAAGUGAUCUGGAUUUAGUAGUCAGAUGUAAGAGAAUUUCUGGCCAGUGAUUCAAUGUUCGGUGUGCAAGCAUGAAGUGUCAAGCAUUGUGCACACGACAUGGCAAGUAUAGAUGUAUCCAUAGGACCUGACUUGUCAUUCCCUCGGGGGUCUAUAACAGUUAUUGAUAAACUGGCUUCAAACCAUUCAGCAAAUGUGGAACUAGCAGCAACAUAAAAUUCUUUUUACUUGGUUUAACCUGUUCAAUUACUUAUGGAUAUUAAAUUACAAAACAUUAAAAUCAACCUCUUUUGAAGUCUUUUUUAUGCAAUCUUGAAAAGCAUCAGUUGAUUAGUUGACGACUUGAAAUACAGUUAUUGCUAAAAUUUCAAAAACUAUGAAAAAAUGGGUUGUCAUUUGAUUUGGUAUUGUUUUCGCCUACAAAGUAUAAUCUUACACUGUUAAAUGGGCACUUGAUUAGUACAGCAACUAACAAUGGCCAAUGAAAAAGAGAUUCAAGAGAAUAGGGUGAGCUGGGAAGAGCUGAGGAGGAAAGGGAAGAAUAGGCAACAGUGACGUUCUCUUGUUAUGAUCAUAUGUGCCUAAGGGUAUGAUGAGGACAGGCUGACUGACAUAUGGUAUUAAUAGUUCCUAAAGUUCUUUUUGGUGCCCAGCUACCAGCUUUCCUGUUUUAACAUUUUGCUGUUACUUACUCAAGGUAUAAAUAAACUUCUUGUUAUUACUGUUAAUUAAAACUUUUUUCAUGUUGUUUUUAGUAUGUGUGAAGGAGAAAAGAGGAAACUUGUAAUCCCAUCAGACCUUGGUAAGUCCCUGCCCUGAUAUUUAAGUAUAUAAUUACAUCCAAUGCAGUGAGUAAGAAUUGUAGCUAGUAGAUGCCAGUAGGAUUGAUAACAGGGCAACUUACCUUACUUGAAAUGUAAGCUUAUGUAGAUAAGUAAUUUAUCUGUUACAUACCAGCAAGCUGAAUAACACAAGAAUUUUAGCAGUCAUAUUGAAGUAAUUUUCAGCUGUUUUUACUAUACUAAGAGGAAUUUUCUUUCUUUUGUGCAGGUUAUGGGGACAGAGGAGCUCCCCCUAAGAUCCCAGGUGAGUUAACAGCUUGUGGUCAACAGAGACAAUGCUGAGUCAGAGCAUUACAUGAACACUUAUGAUAUUGAUGCCAACCUCUGAAAUUGUGAAAUAUGGAGAGAUUUGAUUUUGAAGUAUGGCGUCAAAGCCACCCCACCCACCUCCCCCACAGAUUUGUUCAACGACACUUUGCCAGUCUCCUGACGGCUUGCAAGUUUCUAAAUUGGAUGCACAUAAUCUGACAAAAAAGGAAAAACCACAAAACUACAACUAUCUUAUUUAAGGAAUUAUUUUUAAGUAUUAAUUGCUCAUAAUUCAUAUUGUCUACACUCUUAAACUAUGUAUUUAACUUAAGGUCGCCAGAGAAAUUUGAAGUAACCAUGGUAAUGCAAAACACAGGGCGACAAACCAAGUGGUCUAUGAGCAAUUGUGAAGUGGCAAAUAAAAAUUCCUUUGACCCCUAAAAGUGACCAGCAUCUAAUAUCUCCCUUUAGUAUAUACCACACAGUUGAAUAGUACUUUUCACACGCACUGAUUGGCUAUUUGGAAGUGAGUAGCAAGUACUAAUCACCUUCCAGCAGUCUAUGACACAAAAUUGCAUGUCAAGAGUUUAAUUUCUGACCAUUUUUUGAUAUAUUGAAAGAAACAAACUAAAUUUUUGGUAUCUGUGUGGUACCAGCUGAAACAAUUAUUUGCAUCCACUUUUGUGAAUAAUUGGUUAAUAAUAUCAGCCCUGAGUCAGACAUUAAGGUCACAAGAAUAAAGGAAAUCACCAACUAAAGAAGCUCUUGAUUGUUACACAAAAUUUUUCCUUUUAACACCCUAAGAAAUGUAGAGUGAACAGUGUGGAAAAUACCCAUACUGAUGUUAGGCCAGUUAAGGUGUAAGGGGUUCUUUCCUUGUGGGAUACAUGAAAAGCUUCUUCAAUCAUAUUGCGGCAUGAAUUUUUUUCCUCAAAACGCAACUUAAAAUGAAUGUACGCCAAUUAUUUUAUCUUUUCAGGGGGCGCCACACUGGUAUUUGAGGUUGAGCUGUUGAAGAUAGAGCGAAAAACAGAAUUGUAA